GCAAAAUCAUGAGGAGAAGUUCCCACAUCAGCUGCCUGGGUCUGCAGAGAGUCUUAUGUUGGCUUCUAUUUCUGCUGCAUUCCCAUACAGCUUCUUCCCAGUCAAUCAUAAAGAAGCUACCGGGUUUUUCUGGUGACCUUCCUUUCAAUCUUGAGACUGGGUACGUUGGGGUGGGCGAUUUGGAUGAUUUCCAGCUGUUUUAUUACUUCAUAGAGUCGGCAAGGAGUCCAGAAAAUGAUCCUCUCAUGCUUUGGCUCACCGGUGGUCCAUGUUGUUCUUCGUUUACAGGACUCGUUUAUGAAAUUGGCCCACUAGUUUUCAAUUAUGCGAAUUCAACAGAGAAUUGGAUAACGCUGGAACUGAAUCCUUAUUCAUGGACAAAGGUAGCAAACAUAAUAUUCAUAGAUGCACCAGUUGGCACUGGAUUCUCUUACUCUAAAAGUUCCCGAGGCUAUCAGAGCAAUGACACCUUAUAUGCAUCACAGACCUACGAGUUUCUCCGAAAGUGGCUUAUGGCUCAUCCCAAGUUUAUGAAAAAUUCAAUCUAUAUUGGUGGAGAUUCGUAUUCUGGCAAGAUUGUUCCCCUUAUAGUUCAAACAGUAUCUCACGGAAGUGAAGUCGGGAGUAAGCCAACAAUGAAUCUCAAAGGAUACGUUCUUGGUAAUCCCUUGACAUAUUUAAGACAGGACUUAAACUACAGAGUUGAAUUCGCUCAUGGAAUGGCACUUUUGUCAGAUACAAUCUACAAGUCAACAAAAAGGAAUUGCAAGGGUAAUUACAUCGACGUAGAUCCAAACAAUCGAUCAUGCCUCAACGCUCUCAAAGUUGUGGACAAGUGCGUUGGAAAGGUAAGCUUAGAACAUAUACUUCUACCUAACUGCCACGGAAAGGAUUUAAAUUAUUUCGUUGAAGGCAGUGUCACAGAUUUUGCCGCCCCUUAUGAGCAACAGAAGUGUAAGAAUGAUAGGCGCAAGUACUCAAAUAUUUGGAUGAAUUAUAAAGAAGUUCAGAAAGCUCUAAAAAUUCGAGAGGGAACAAAAACGGCAUGGGCAAGAUGCAAUCGUACCUUGCCAUACACUUAUGGUUAUGAAAGCAGUGUUGGUCUUCACCGAAAUCUCACCCACAAAUUCCUUCGUGCUCUGAUUUACAGUGGAGAUCAUGACAUGACUAUUCCUUAUUUGAGUACACAUGCAUGGAUAAAAUCCCUACAUUUGGGAAUUGAAGAUGACUGGAGACCAUGGUUUUCUAAUGAUGAUCAAGUUGCAGGGUACACAAUCAGAUAUGCAAAUGAAAAGUACCACUUGACAUUUGCAACAGUAAAGGGAGGUGCGCAUGGUGCACCGGAGUUCAAUCCUAAGGAGUGUUUUGCUAUGAUCAGUAGAUGGUUUGCCUCUUAUAAUUCAAGAAUAAGAAGAGGGGAUGGCUUAUUAAGGAUUAAUGAAGAGGAAUUCGUUGUGUUCGAGGGUGAUUAUCGAGCAAUGGGAAAGGGAGGUGAACCUACUGACAUGAUGUUGAUCUUGGAGCAACUCCAAAGGAUGAAUGCUCGUUUUGAUCACUUGGAUCAAAGAAUGGAUAGAUUUGAGAAUUCACAAGGUGGGUCGAAUCCUAGGGUGGAUUUUAAUGGAGGCGGAGGACGAGGUCGAGGAGUCCGUGGACGUCCUAGGGUAGGAUUUGAGGAAUGCAAUGGGGAGUUAGAAUCUGAAAGUGAAGAGAGUGAAGGAGAAGCAGAACUUGAUGAGGAAGAAAUUGAUGUUCAAGAACAUGAAGAAACCAAGACUCGUAAAGCUUUAAAAGCCAAAUUAAACUUGGUUCCAAGGAGGGUUCUAACCAUAUAA